AUGGCAGCAGACAGCAAAUCCUUGACGACAAAGGUCGCUUCCGGCACCCCCUACCAACUGGACCCCUCGCAAACCCUCCGUGCAGCCACUGCUCNNCUGCUCAAGAAGAUUGCCAGUGACUCUGUUGCGCGCAAGGACAAUGGCGGCAAGGCCAACCUGCUCGAGGAUGCCGACGAAGACGAGGACAGCGACGAGACCUCGACCACCGUCUGGCUCAACGUCACCACCAAGAAGCAUAUUGCCGACCAGCGCAAGAUGAAGCCCGGCAAGAUCAUCGUGCCCUUCCCUCUGCAGUCCGCCGCCUCGCCCUCUCUGCGCAUCUGCCUGAUCACCGCCGACCCCCAGCGCAAGUACAAGGACCUGAUCGCCAGCGACCGCUUCCCCGCCCAGCUCUCUUCCCGCAUCACCCGUGUCCUCGGCACCGAGAAGCUCAAGGCAAAGUACAAGACCUACGAGUCGCGCCGCCAGCUCUUCGCCGAGUACGACAUUUUCCUCGCCGACGACCGCAUCAUCACCCGUCUGCCCGCCCUGCUCGGCAAAGUCUUCUACGGCACCGGAGCCAAGCGCCCCAUCCCCGUCGCCAUGCAAGGCAAGCCCGAGAACGCCCGCGACGAAGCCGGCAACAAGCGCGUCAAGCUCUCUGAAGGCGGCGAGAAGCUCAAGCGCUCAGACAUCACCCCUGAGGCCCUGGCCCACGAAGUCGAGCGUGCCGUUGGCGCCGCCCUCGUCCACCUCGCUCCCAGCACAAACGUCAGCAUCAGAGUCGGCAAGAGCAGCAUGUCCGCCGACCAGGUCGCCGCAAACGUCGACGCCGUCGUCACCGCCCUGACCGAGAAAUACAUCCCCAAGGGCUGGAGGAACAUCCGCUCCCUGCACGUAAAGGGUCCCAACACCGCCGCCCUGCCUAUCUGGCUCGCCGACGAACUCUGGACAGACGAGGCCGACGUGAUCGAGAGCCUCNCUGCACCCGUCGUCAAGGACAAGAAGAAGAGAAAGCGCGCCCUCCUCGAGACCAGCGCCGUCGACACCGCAGAGACCGACGACGCAACUUCUGCAAAGAAGUCAAAGAGCGACGGUGCCAGCGACGAGACCAAGGCCAAAAAGUCAAAGAGCGACAAUGCCGAAAAGGCCGCCAGGAAAGCCGCUCUCAAGAAGCAAAAGGAGGAGUCCAAGACUGCCAUUGCAGCAUAA